AUGAGAGGCCGGCUCACUGGCCUCGUGCUGGUUGUUGGAUUUGGGAUCGCAAAUGGUACAAGCAUAUCGUCCUCUCGUGCAUCCAAUGUUAUUAACUUGAGUCAAGGCUACAUGACCUUCCAGCCCGCUUUCGAGGAGUUGGAAAUGGAGAAGCGGAAAAAACGCGAGCAGCUCGAAGCCGCAGACCUAGGGCCCAACAUGGUCGAGAUCACCCAGUCUUCAUCGCAAUCCACACCUCGUCUGAAGAAAGAAGGAUGA